CAAGCUAGUAUUUAAAUAGUUUUAAAGUUUUAAAGGCAGUAAAAUCACUACGAACAAAAUACGUCAUAGUUUUUGAACGAAACGUUCAAUCAAUUCUACGAUCCUUCGUUCAAUGUUGUCCCUCCUUACUUACGUUAGUAUGACGUCACUAUCGUAAUCGUAUCGAGGUCUCGAUACGAUUACGAUAGUGACGACGAAGGAUCGUAGAAUAAGAACCAGUUGAUAAAUGAUAUUUUAAUGGAAAAUUUGAAUAUAUAUAUUAUUAAGAAUCAAAAGGUAGUGUACUUAUACAAUUGGGUCAUAAAAAAUGGUGAGCUAAGUUGAUAGUUCUUUAACAAAUUUGAAUCAAAUUGAAAUAAACUUCCAUGGGGUAUGUAUUUAAUUUAUGAUAUUUAUGUAGGUCUAAAAUUAAGUGUAUACCAGAUAGAAUGGGAGACAGUCGUUUAAAUAAAAAAUAUUUAAAUUAUUAUAGGCAUGGAGACUCGUCUAAACCCAGCGGGGGCCCUCGUGGGAGACACUACGUACAGCUAAAAUGGAAGGAGCUGUCGGAUAUGCUCAAUAGUGAUGGCACAGGCGACUCUAGAACAGAGGAAAAGUGGCGAAAGGUAUGUCUCAAAUUUUUAUCCAUGGUUAUAGUUUCAUCUCACAAGUAGAAAUUCAUUGCAUGCAUUUUAUGUUGGCGUUGGGCAUCCUGCUCUAUUAUUGGUGUGGUGUUUUUUAUUCAUAUUAAGGUUUGGAGUGAUUUCAAAAACAACGUGAAACGAAAGUGUGCCAAAAUAAAUAGGUCAGCUCAUGGUACAGGUGGUGGGCUUGCGCUUCAAUUAACAUUAACCGACUUAGAAACCAGGGUUAUGAAUAUAAUUGGGGUGCAGGCUGCUACUGGAAUGCCCAUACAAGAAGCUGGCUUCAUACAGGUUGAUGUUGAGGAGGAAGAGAGCUUGUCAGGUACUCAUCUACAAGAAACAAACACAAAAACAAUAAAUGAAGUUAUUGUUGAUGACGUACCUAUAAAACUAACACCCGUUGCUGACGAUACUUGGAAUACUCCGGGAACAAGUAGCCAACGCUCAAUGGCUCCACCUCCACCUCCCGCGCAUCCACUACCAUCUUCAAUAGCUUCAAUGGACACACAUUGGAAGCCGCCGAAGAAAAAGAAGAAAGCCGACGAUGAAAUUUUAAAAGUAUUUAAGGAGUGUGAGGGGUCUGCAAGGCAGUACGAAAGAGAGCGUGAUAGAGUUGCGGAAGAAUUAGAAAGAGAGAGGAUUAGACAGCGUGAUGUAGAGCUGCAGUUGCAAGCUAAAUGGCUGGAUUUUUUUAAAGAAGCUUUGAAGGUAUUGGAUGCAUAUUUGGCGAAUAAAAGUGAAUAAAAUCGGACUCGA